AUGUCAUCAGCACAUCGAAAAUGCCCUCUGAGUGGUUUGUUUGGCACUCCACCAUCAAUCAAUUUUUUCUCGUCUUCUUCCGCUGACACUAACAUAUUUCUUGUUGCAAGUAAUGCUGUUAUUGAUGAUACUGCUACAGCUUGUGAUCAAUUUUCGCCAAAAGUUUUUAGCUCACAAGAAUUACAACAAUCAUCUUCAACAACAGUGAUUACGGAAGCUGAAGUAAUGAAUGAUCAAUUGGCACCAUUUAUGACUGAUACUUUAAAAACUGCUGAUUCUAACGUUCUUGACUCUGGUCCAUUUCAAGUAGGAUUCAUGGAGGAUUCCGAUCACCACACAGUUUCACCACCUUUUGAAAUCUCACAUUAUCCGAUUGAAGUGAAAGAAAGUAAAGAUGCAAUUCAUCGACAGCUCACAAAUAGGGCUCGGCUGGAAUCAGCGCAGCAUGAUUGUGAUUUUUCACCCCUACAGAUUAAUUCACUUGGGGUGGACGAGAAUGCGGAAUCUCGUUCUCGAUCACCGCAACAUGUAGAAAUGUAUACAUUUCGUGAUGCUAUCGAUGUUAAUUAUCAGCGAAUGGCAGUAACCGGAGAGGAGCUUUCUGGGGUUCCACUGGAAGAUUUGCAGGAGUCAGCUCGAGAACUGACUGAAGCAUUAAUGCUGCGCAAAGAAUAUAUGGAACGUAUUGGAAAUCACUUUCCUUUAACUACUAAAAAUUUUCUUUCCGGUCACUACCCAAAGAAUUUGCCAAAAUGUCGACGAAAAAACAUCGAAAUAAAGUCUUCACAUGAUGUCACAAAGAGUGCAGUGCCAGCAGCAUCGGAUAAGGAGUCACAUUCGGAAGCUGUGCAGACGUCGUAUAAUCCACCUCUCCCACCAGAAGAUCACUGGGGCUUGAACAUACCAUUACCAAAAUAUGAAAAAGUGUAUGUAUUGAAACGAAAUCGUGGUAUGAUGGAAAUUCUUGAUGAAGAUGGGGAAAUACCAGAUCAAUUUCGACGUGCCUACGUUUCAAAAGAGAAAUUUUUGCGAGAUUUGGAAAAACUUUCUAUAAUGAUUGCAAAUGGACCGUUGAAAAGUUUUUGUUUCCGACGGCUAUGCUAUUUACAUAACAAAUUCCAGUUGCAUACUUUGAUGAAUGAGAUUCGAGAGCAGCACGAACAAAAGUCUGUGCCACAUCGCGAUUUUUAUAAUAUCAGAAAAGUCGAUACUCACAUACAUGCUGCAAGUUCGAUGAACCAAAAACAUCUGCUGCGUUUUAUUAAAAAGAAAAUGAAAACAGAAAAGGAUACUGUGGUUCUGGAAAGGAAUGGUAUGAAAAUCACUUUGGAGCAAGUUUUUGAAGGUCUCGGUAUCAGUGCUUACGAUCUCUCAGUUGAUAUGUUGGAUGUUCAUGCUGAUCGGAAUACUUUCCAUCGUUUUGAUAAAUUUAAUACCAAAUAUAAUCCAGUUGGUGAGAGUAUUUUGCGUGAAAUUUUCAUCAAAACCGAUAACUACGUUGGAGGAAAAUAUUUUGCUGAUGUUUUGAAAGAGGUUUUGUCUGACUUGGAAGAUAGUAAGUACCAACACGCUGAACCACGUCUGUCGAUCUAUGGGCACAAUAAAGAGGAAUGGGAUAAGUUGGCCAAGUGGGCUGUCGAAAAUGAUGUUUAUUCAGUUAAUGCACGAUGGUUGAUUCAGAUACCUCGUUUAUACGAUGUUUAUCGUUUGAAGAAAAUGGUGAAAAACUUCGAUGAAAUGCUGGAUAAUAUCUUCACACCACUUUUCGAAGUGACAAAUAAUCCAGAAUCUCAUCCACAUCUUUUCCGAUUUCUGCAGCAAGUUUCUGGCAUCGAUUCCGUCGAUGAUGAAAGCAAACUUGAGCAUAUAAAAUUUGAUCAUUCAACGCCUGAACCGAAGGAUUACUGCGAUGCCGAAAACCCAUCAUAUGACUAUUAUUUAUUUUAUAUGUUUGCAAAUUUAGUGACACUCAAUGCACUGAGGCGUGAACGUGGCCUGAAUACCUUUUCAUUACGGCCGCACUGUGGUGAAGCUGGACAUGUAAGUCAUCUCGUCACGGGUUAUUUGACAUCCGAAAGCAUCGCGCAUGGCCUAUUGCUUCGCAAAGUGCCUGUUUUACAGUACUUAUUUUACCUAUCUCAAAUUGGGAUUGCAAUGUCACCACUUAGUAACAAUUCGUUGUUCAUCAGUUAUCAUCGGAAUCCUUUACCAGAUUUUCAUAUGAAAGGAUUGAACGUAUCUCUGUCAACCGAUGAUCCCUUGCAGUUUCAUUUCACCAAGGAAGCGCUAAUGGAGGAAUAUAGCAUUGCUGCACAAGUUUGGAAGCUCAGCGGCUGUGAUAUGUGUGAAUUAGCUCGAAAUAGCGUAUUGCAGAGCGGUUUUGAGGAUAAGGUAAAAGUACACUGGCUAGGACCAAACUACAAAGAGGAAGGAGUAGUGGGAAACGACGUCUCACGCACCAACGUUCCUGACAUUCGUGUGUCAUUUCGUCAUGAAACAUUGGUAGAUGAAUUGUGCAGUUUAUUUCGAACGCGUAAUAUUCAGCAUAUAGGGAGUGAGUAUAAUGAUGAUGACGAUGAUGGUCUGAAAAUUUAA